AUAUCUGAUGACAGGAUGUGGUUAUGUUCUUUCUGCUGAAAUGUUAUUAUAUAGAAACUCUAAUCUCUGACCUCUACAUCAAGCUCAGAUACAGUUGCUUGUAGCAGUAAAUACAGAGUUUGUAAUGUUGAUGCAAAGUAAAACUGGCUAUUGUUUGAUGUAAAUAUGAUUUUAUAGUCAUUCUCUUGAACAUUUAGGCUACUUUCUGUAACUGUACCUAACAGUGUUUUAGAAAAUCCUCUUAAAUAUAUUUUAUUUAACUGUGACUUUAAUGUCUUAUAGUUGAAUUCUUAAGUGUGUGAUUGCUUUGAUCUGUGUACAUCAGGCCAGCUUAUGACCACUUCUUCUGCUUCUAUUUUGUUUGAAACCUCCCCGACUCUCAGUUAUUUUUUUCUGUGCUUACUGUUGAAGACACAGUUUGACAGAUGAGAAGAGGAAACAGAGGUUGUUCCUCUCCCCACAGAGAUGGUUGGUGGACGACGUUAUUGUAGCUUGGCACACAGCAUUGUGCUGCUGCUCUGGGUCUGUCUUCGUUAUGUGGAGACUUCCAGUGGAAAACGCGUCAUUCACACAAAAGUUGGAGAUACUGUGGAGCUUUCGUCAGGCUUACCAACUGAAGGUGUGACUGCAGCAACGUGGAGAUAUGGACGAAUAACAGUUGCAGAGAAAGAUGAGGGUGUUUCUAAAGACUCUCCAUUUAAGGACAGAUCAGAGCUGAACCCUGAAGACUUUACUUUAACAGUGAGAAAACUGACUCUUCAAGAUUCUGGUGAUUUCAUUUUUGUCUCAGAGGUGAAUGAUGAGCAAAGGCCUUCAGUCACCAUCACUCUGCAAGUUCAUGAGCCCAUAACUAAACACCCUGUCAUAAAAAUCAAUUCUGCCUGGGAGGCUUGUAAUGAAUCAUGUAAAGUUCUGCUGGAGUGCAGCACAACUGGUGAUGUCAGCUACAAGUGGACUGUAGGAAAACAAACACUAACUGGUCCCAGUCAACAAUACAUCAUCAGGGAGCAGGAUGGAGAGACUAAUGUCACCUGCACAGUUUCCAAUCAUGUCAGUGAGAAGUCUGCAUUUCAAACAGUGCAGUGCAGCAAAGAUCAUUCACACAGAAAAGAAACAGACUGCAGAUCCUCUUCUGUUGUCAUGUUCAUUGCUGGACUGUUUACUGGAGUAUUGAUCACUGUUCUGUUGCUCUUUCUGCUUUACUGCAUAAAGUCAAAGGGUCUAUGUCACAAAAGGCUCACACAGUCUGAAACAAUCAACCAGGAAGAAAAUCAACAACAUGUGUACUCGGCUCUUUCCCACGGUGAUCGUUGUGUUUAUGAGACAGUGAGAGGCUCUGAAGAUGCUGGACCAGCUGGAUCACAAAUACAGUCCAUCAAAUCAGACUAGAGGAGCUACAACAUUUAAGAUGUCCAAGAACAUGUUCUAAAAUGUAUUUUUUCAGGAUUGUAUUUUACACACUUUAUUUUAAAUGCCUAUAUUAUGUUUAGCAAGUCAUUUAUGAAUAAGACAUGUAUUGUCUGAUCUGUUGGGUUUAUAUUUUAUUAUUGUCAUUUGUAUUAAGAAACAUGUAAUCAUUUGUGUUUAGAAGUAUAUAGUUGAUGGCAUAUUGAAAGAAUGUCUCAUCCU